GGGGCGGGGCCGGCGGCGGGCGGGGGCGGGGCCUGCGCCGGGAGCGCUCUGAGGGGAUUUCGCUCCGGCACGGCACGGCCCGGCCGCAACCAUGAUCCACAGCCUGUUCCUGAUCAACGCCUCGGGGGACAUCUUCCUGGAGAAGCACUGGAAGAGCGUGGUUAGCCGCUCCGUGUGUGACUAUUUCUUUGAGGCGCAGGAGCGGGCCUCGGAGGCGGAGAACGUGCCGCCGGUGAUCCCCACGCCGCACCACUACCUCCUCAGCGUCUACCGUCACAAGAUCUUCUUCGUGGCCGUCAUCCAGAGCGAGGUGCCGCCGCUCUUCGUCAUCGAGUUCCUGCACCGCGUCGUGGACACGUUCCAGGAUUAUUUUGGUGUCUGUUCAGAGGUAAUAAUCAAGGACAAUGUUGUGGUGGUUUACGAGGUGCUGGAGGAGAUGCUGGACAAUGGAUUUCCAUUGGCAACAGAGUCCAAUAUUCUUAAGGAGCUGAUAAAGCCUCCUACUAUUCUGCGAACAGUCGUCAACACCAUCACAGGAAGCACUAAUGUGGGUGACCAGCUUCCCACUGGACAGCUCUCAGUGGUGCCGUGGAGACGUACUGGUGUAAAAUACACCAACAAUGAGGCCUAUUUUGAUGUGAUUGAGGAGAUAGAUGCAAUCAUUGACAAAUCAGGUUCCACCAUUACUGCUGAAAUCCAGGGAGUGAUUGAUGCUUGUGUCAAGCUGACUGGGAUGCCAGACCUUACCCUUUCCUUCAUGAACCCUCGCUUGUUGGACGAUGUCAGCUUUCACCCCUGCGUGCGUUUCAAGCGCUGGGAGUCAGAGAGAAUUCUCUCCUUCAUUCCUCCUGAUGGGAAUUUCCGCUUGCUCUCCUACCAUGUCAGUGCUCAGAAUCUUGUGGCAAUUCCUGUCUACGUUAAGCACAACAUCAGUUUUCGUGACAGCAGCUCCCUGGGACGGUUUGAGAUCACAGUGGGGCCAAAGCAGACUAUGGGGAAGACUGUAGAGGGAGUGAUGGUCACUAGCCAGAUGCCAAAAAGUGUCUUAAAUAUGACCCUCACACCCUCCCAGGGAACACAUGCCUUUGAUCCAGUUACAAAGUUAUUGUCAUGGGAUGUUGGGAAAAUAAACCCCCAGAAACUGCCAAGUCUGAAGGGGAGUGUGAGCCUGCAAGCUGGGACAUCGAAACCAGAUGAAAACCCCACCAUUAACCUGCAGUUUAAAAUUCAGCAGCUGGCUAUAUCUGGACUGAAGGUGAAUCGCCUGGACAUGUAUGGGGAGAAGUACAAGCCAUUCAAGGGGAUAAAAUACAUGACUAAGGCUGGCAAGUUCCAAGUCCGAACCUAGAGGAUCCUGAUAGCAAGGAAGAGCACUUUUCCUAUUUCCCCUUUCCCUGGCUGUUGGAUGCAGCCUCUUAUCUCAUCCAUCUCUUUAGGGCUGCUCCCUUGUCUCUAGUAGUAUAAGCAGGAAAGCCAGUGCUCAGAGUGCUGGAAAGCAGGGAAAAGUAAGGUUGACCUGAAACCACCUCAUCCCUACCUGAGUCUGAAGUAUUUGGAACAAUAGUAGAUGGGAGAGUUGCUCAGGUCCCUUAGGAUUAGUGAGUCAGCUAUGUAAGCUUGUAUCACCUUCAUUUUGCUGUCUUAGAGGAAAUUCUAGGGAUUUAUGGCCUUUUGUAGCUCCUCUUCCAUUGUAUUUUGUUUGGCUUUUAUCCCAUUGUACACGAUACAAAGUUGAAUUU